AUGCUGCAAAUGGGUGACGAUGAAGGAGUCCAGGCAUACAUUUCAAGGGUCAUCACUAUCACCAAUCAGAUGAAGGCUCUUGGGCACAAGCUCAAGGAGUCAGAGGUCGUCUCCAAAGUGCUGCGGAGUCUAGCACCGAAGUUCGACUGGGUUGCGAUCGCGAUUGAGCAAUCGAAGGAGAUUGCAAAGCUCUCGCUGGAUGACCUCUGUGGAACGCUGCAAGCUCACGAGGUGAGGGUGAACCGUGCAGCAGGGAAAACUGUGGAGAGAGCUCUUCACGUCAAGACCGAGCAUCCUACACAAAACCACAACAAAGGUGGGGGUGUUGGGAGCUCAUGGGGAGAAGGACGAGGCCGCGGGAGAUCAUUCGCACGCGGGAGAGGGCGAGGCCGAGGAGGUCGUGGAAGGGCUUUGACAACAAAAGCCACAUCCAAUAUUUCACUGUAA